CAAAUCGGUUUUGUUGUGUUUUCAAUAUUGUGAGUGUCUAUGACAUUCAGUGAAAUUGUAUUUUGGAUUUUUUACUUUUCAUAAGAACAAAAUUCUCAUAAAUUCAAAAGAAUGAGUUGAAAAAGUGGGAAAACCCCCUUGGACUAGAUAAACCCUGCAAUAGAUCGAACUACAAUUGUUGAAAAAUCACAUCGACACAAUGAAAUUGUCCAAGUAUCUUCAUUCGCUUGCAGUCAAUAUAAAUCGAGGCGAGGGCAAAUAUUUUAAUACAUAUAUAUUUUUGGCUGUGUUACGAGUGUGUUUGGUAUUUUUACCGCAAUCCGGCUACAUUCAUCCUGAUGAAUUUUUUCAAUCGGUGGAAAUUCCGACGGGCGAAGAGUUCAAAUUGGAGCAUACACGAACAUGGGAAUUCAAUAAUACGAUGCCAAUUCGAAGUAUGGCAUUGCCACUAGUCAUUUAUCGCCUAACAUUGAAUGUGUACGGCUUCUUGGCAAUGUAUGUACAAUUUUUAACGGGAUGGCAAAUUUGUACACCGUAUGCGAUAUUCGUUGUGCCGCGUUUGAUAAUGUGUUUGAUAUCAUUUGUGAGUGAUUGGAGCCUCUAUAAAAUCUGCACCACAUACGCUCUACGAUAUGACGUUCGAUUGUUGGCGUUGGCCAGUUCCGUUGUUAGCAUUGUCUUUAGCACUCGAACAUUUUCAAAUAACAUUGAAAUGGCAUUGUGUUCGCUACUUUUGUACGUGGUCGCUGAUUGCAUGAUGCACACGAACAGUGUAAUUUUUCAACGUAAAUUUCUCGAUGAGAAGUACAAUGCAUGCAAAACGAUAGUGGAAAAGGUGAAGGUGCAUAAAUUACGUUACAUUCUACCAUCGUAUCGUGUCAACAAAUGCUAUAUUGUAUCAACGAUAUGUGUGAUUGGUUGUUUUAAUCGGCCGACAUUUUUAUUUUUUGGAUUGCCGAUCGUCUUCUUUUGGAUGUAUCGCGGUAUGGACGCCAAAACGAUCUCAUUUGUUGACUUUCAUUUGAGGUUUUUCAGUUUGCUCGCAUGUGGUAUUCCCGUUGUAAUUCUAUUCAUUGUCGCUGAUUCACUUUAUUAUGGAUUUUUAACCUUGUCAGAAAUUCAAUAUAUGGAAGUUGACAUCAAUAAUUUUGUGGUGACACCGUUGAAUUUCAUCCGAUACAACAUUGAUCCGGUGAAUACAGCUGCACACGGUGUUCAUCCAAAAUAUUUACAUGUUUUAGUUAACAUUCCACUUUUGUAUAAUAUUCUUGGUGUGAUUGCCGUCUGUUCGUUUGGACAUUUGUUGUACAGAUUUUCACGAAACGAAUAUCUUCAUUUGCCCCGUGCUCAAUCGAUCGUUUCCCUCAUGAAUGCAGCGAUUUUUGUUCCAGUUGCUUUGCUAUCGCUUGUCAAUCAUCAAGAACCACGAUUUCUGCUGCCUAUUACAUUACCUAUUAUAAUUUUACACGCUCCAAAGCUAAUCACUGGUUUUUGCAUUACAAAUCCAUUUAGCGAGACAAAUCGUCUCGGUGAAUUCGUGUAUCGUCAUUUCUUAUGUACAAAAGCAAGUGCAAAUCGUCUAUUAAAAUGUUGGUAUGCGGGCAACACAAUUUUGGCCAUCUUUUUCGGAAUUAUUCACCAGGGUGGAGUUAUCCAAUUGACGGAAUAUUUUCAACAAAAUCAAAUGACCACAUUCCAACAGCACAGCACAAGUUCAAAUGUAUUUCUAGUUACCAGUCAUUUGUAUAAUAUACCAACAUCAUACCUAUUUCAACCGAGCACCGAAACAAUUCUUAUUAAUCCCGAAAAUGGUCAAAAGUAUACACGAAAAAAGCAAUUCUUUUUAUAUGAAUACGGUGGUUUGCCGAUGGAUGAACUACAGCAAAAGAUAAAACUACUGUUAGAUUUUAAUGAAUUGCGAUUGCACAACAAUCAACAAAAUUAUAAACUUUAUUUAGCCAUUCCGUCUAGUUUAACGGAAGAGCUUAGCAUAGCAUUAUUUAAAAGCAAUUAUACAAUGAUCAAAUAUCAACGGAUCAAAUCAUUUUAUCCACAUUUAUCGACAGAAGCAUUACCAAAUUUUUUCCGUCAUCAUCAAACCGAAAUCCGUACCGAUGUUUUUAAUGUUGAACAAAAAUGUAGUUUCUACGAAAAUUACGAAGAAAUUAGCCCAUAUUCUACAAGCGGAAUAUUGAGAAAAUUUUCAGCAAUUAUUCAUCAGUUUGGCUUGGUACUAUAUCGCGUUGAAGUACGACACCGAAAUACUUUUUCUCAAUAAAUGUCACCACCGUGGAGUGGUGGCACCCACACAGUGUCUUUUUUUUCGCUUGCAAAAAUUAUUUUGAAUGACAAAUAAAAAUGUGUGCAAAUUGCACAAUAGCGAAAAUAUAUUAGUUGAUCUAGUAUUUACUUUAAUCAUCCAUGGUAGUCAAAUUCCGGUCGAUGUCAAAUUUUAAAAAUCAAAACACCGAAAAAUGUUACCCGAAAUUCGUACACCACCAAAGUAUAUCUUAUUAAAAUGUCCAAACUAUACAUAUGUACAAUUCAAAUAUGUUAUUAGAUUUGAAAAAUUUCAUUUGGGUGGAAAAAAUGCACCUGUCCUUAUUUUAAUUCGGCACUCGCAAUUGUGGUUUUUCAAUGGAAACUAUUUGAAUUAUAUAAAUACGCUUAAAAACAAUCAAUUUUCUCGCAUAAGUCUUUAGGUUUAUAACAAAUAAAUGGCAAUUUCACUUGAACCAA